AUGGAUGCUAAUAACCAUGAAAUUGAAACUCAAUUCGAUAAAUUAAAUGUCUCAGAUACGAAAUGUUCUUAUAGCGAUUACGGAAGUAGGAAAAAGUAUGGUUCUGGACCUACGAAGAUUGCUUUUAAAAGGUUAAAUGGAUCACGAGACAUGUCAGCCAAAAAUUUUAGUGAGCUUAAAGCACAUUGGGAUUCUUUCAAAACAGGUGAAUGUUAUAAAAAUGACAAAGAAUAUGGAUAUUAUGGAAAAGAAAUAAAGGAAGCAGAUAAAGAGAUACCAAAUAUUUCAAUUUCACGCAAAACUAAUCCUGAUUCUAUAUAUAUAUAA